GAAUCAUCCUUAAUAUAAAACCCAAAGCAUUCCAUGUGAACCUUCUGUUACGAACAACACAGGUACAACUUGCACAGUCUAAUUGAUUUAUCGACAACUCAAAGCAACAUUUUGGUUCCGAUUGGAUUUAUUAUCGCAGACAAAGAAAAUCAUCCAUCAGACAUACUCAAGAACCUUGCGCCGGACCUCCGAACGUCCUUUAUCGUCAUUCGCAGCGCAACAAGGCCAGCGUAUCCUCAAAGUUUCAAGUGCGACGACAAAAUGGCAAGUCGAGCUGCCAACAAACGGUUAACCCGUGAAUAUAAAACCAUCUCCGAAAAUCCCCCUCCAUACAUCGAAGCCCAUCCCUCCGAAUCCAAUAUCCUCGAAUGGCAUUAUAUCCUCACCGGACCCCCGGACACUCCCUAUCAUGGUGGACAAUACUGGGGUACCCUUCUGUUCCCUCCCAAUUAUCCAUUUGCGCCUCCCUCGAUAAAAAUGCACACGCCGUCCGGGCGUUUCCAACCCUCCACUCGUCUUUGUCUCUCGAUCAGCGAUUUCCACCCUAAGAGUUUCAAUCCCGCGUGGGAAGUCAGCACAAUAUUGAUCGGUCUAUUAAGUUUUAUGACAAGUGAAGAAAUGACAACGGGUUCUGUAAACGCAACUAAAUCGGAAAGAAAAUGGGCUGCGAGUAGGUCGAGAUGGUGGAAUAGCACCGGUGGAGGAAGUUACAAGAAAGAUGGAACACAGAAGGGCAAUAUUAAAGCCGGGGACGGAGGCGCAAAAUUUAGAAGUGAAUGGGAAGAGUUGGAUAAAGAGAACUGGAAGUGGAUGAAAGAGAGAGGUGUCGAUAUUGUGACUGGAAAUGAGGAAAAGAAAGAUGGGGAGGAGAACGGAAGGGACUGCAGCGGAAUUGCAAUGAGGAGACCAGGGGGUAGUCAAGCUGUUGUGGGAGCUGUGGUAGAAGGUGGCAGAGAGGGAAGAAGUUGGUUACAGACACAUAAAUACUGGAUCGUUGGUGGAGUGAUUUUCACAUAUGUCAUGAUUGCAAGAUUACUAUCAGAAGGGCAUGAGCUAUAGAUGUGUAUAUGGAUCGAUUUCUAAGCAUGGAGUUCAGGAGGGGUUAUGGUUUGUACAAUAGAUUAGCGUCACUCAAUGCUUUUUAUGAAGGUAGAGAAUGUGUUGAUGGGGAACACUUUUUGAUUAGGAAUAGGAAUAGUCAUAUUUUCAAUAAAAUCCUUACUUUUAUUA